AUGAAUUAGACCGAAAUCUAAUUGGAUUCCUCGAGAGACAAAUUUGUGGAUUUUUGGUGUGUCGCUCUCCCGUCCAAUUUGAGUGUGUUCAUCCCCCCAAAAGAGUGGGCGGCAGAGGGAGUCAGAGACGCCAGUGUAAACAUUUAAAUUAAUUUAAUUUAUGUGACUUUGUGAGUAAAUUCAACAUGAGGACACAAUUUUUCGUGCAGACAAUUUGUGUCAUGCUGACAAUCCGGACGGCAGUGUGGGCGGCGCCCACAGCGGAGGCCCCCAAAGCGGCGGCAUCCUCGCCGGCCGUCGCGACGGUGGAGCGGGAGCAGAUGAGGGAUGCGCGCUGCAUCAGAUGCUCGCCCAGCUCCAACUUCUACAGCGACAGAGAUCGAGAUUCCAGAUUCCUCAACAUUUUCCGCCCCAUCGGCAAGACCGGCCACGACGAGCGCAAUAGUUGGUACAAUCAGCCGGAUCGCUACGGCGGCGGCACAGAUCGCUAUGGGAACAGAUAUGACGACCGAUAUUCAGGAUACCCAGGAAGGUACGAUGAUCGGGAUCGGGAUCGGGAUCGUGAUCGGUACUACAACUACCGACCAGAACAGCGCCCAGAGCGUCCUUACUAUGAUCAGCAAGGAUAUCAGGAUUCGCGGUACAAUUCUGUAGGGCAGGAUUACCGCGGAAACGGUUACGACAACAGGGAUCCCUACUACUACGAAAUGAUGCGAGGCGGAGGAUACUACGAUAGAGGUUACAAUGACAGGGACCGCUUCUACGACAGGAAUCAGUACUACGAUAACAGCUAUGAUCGCAACCCCAACAGAGGAUACUUCGACUACCGCAACUACCGUCCUUACGACGAGACCUACAGGGGUGAAUCCGGCUUUGAUAGCUCUGGACGCGGAUACUAUUUUGCCAAUCGCCCUUCGACACACCCGGCACAACACUAUCACCACCAUCAAAGCAAUUAUCACAAUUAUCAGUCACCGCCGCCGCCGCCACCAUCACCGCCCUCAUACCAGCAACUCCCUCAUCCGUACGAUCCGCCCCCGGAGUACUACCGGCCGGCGACGGGCGGAUAUGACCGUCCCAGCGGCGGACAGAGCCGGCCGCCGCCGUCCGGCAGCUACCCGUCCGCCCAGCAGCCCCCCGCCGCCACCUACCCCAACACCGACGACCGCAACCCCUCCGGCAGCUGGAACUACGUGCCGGACGACAAGGAGCCGCAGCGCCCCACCGGAUACCCGUCCAGCGACAAAGACACUCCGCAGCAAAGCUCUUCGUACGGCUCGCACUCUCGGCCUCUAGGCGGCAGCUAUCUCUACGACAGGGACUCCAACGAGCCGGCCAAGAACAGCCCCAGUUCCACUGCGGCGCCCCAGGCGGACGCGACCAGCGAGGCGCCGGCCAAGGAUGACGCCGGCGACAAGGCCAGCGACGCUGAGUGAGCAGGAAUCGAGGGCAAUCCUCACGGUUUUGUACUUGAAGUUCGAUAUUUAUGUUUCACAGAGAGAAAAAAUGAGCAAUAAAUCAAUAAAUA